CUAAUCUCACUAAAUUCCCAUUUCGCUUCCCUCAAUCAAACCCUAACCUCCCUCCGGAUUUGCAGCUGCUGAGAUGAGAUUGAGAUGGAGAACAAGAAGAACUUCAAUUUAAAUCUGGGGAUAUUAUUGCCGAUUCGCUAUCCAACUCGUUUCGCUUCAGCUUCAGGUAUUUUCUCCCGCACGCUCCUCCUCCUUUCUCCGUGUCGUCGUUUUGGAACUCACCCUGUGGUAAAUUGCGGGAAUAUUAGUGAGGUUAAUGAUGCGCUUCAUAUGUUCAAUCAAAUAUCCCGAAAAAGGCCUUCUCCUGGUGCUAAAGAAUUUAAUAAAUUGUUGUCGUCAUUAGUCAAGUUGAAAGAGUAUUCCGUUGCCAUUUCUCUUUUUAAAGAGAUGCGAUGUUUGGGGAUUCCAAUAAACGCUUGUACUCUCAAUAUUGCCAUCAACGGUUAUUGCUCAUCAUGUUGGACUGAUUGUGGAUUUUCUAUUCUGGGUUGGUUCAUUAAAUUAGGUCGUGUUCCCCGUGAGCAUACAUUCAGUCCAUUAGUGAGGGGUCUGUUUAUUGAGGACAGGAUCACCGAGGCACAAGUUUUGUGUAAAAAGAUAGUAAGAGAGAAGUUGUGUGAGAUGAAUGUGGUUAUAUAUGGGACUGUGGUAAAUGGGCUUUGCAAGACCGGAAACACUGCCGCAGCUCUUGAACUGAUCAAAGAAAUGGAAAAAAGUGGUGUGCCGGCAAACAUUCAUAUUUUCAGCAUAGUAAUUCAUAGUUUUUGUAGUGAUGGAAUUGUUGAUGAAGCCUUCAAGAUAUUUUACGAGAUGCCUAUGAAAGGUGUUGUUCCCGAUAUUUUCACCUACAGCUCUUUGAUUUUUGGAUUAUGUAAGUUGCAUCGAUGGGACGAAGUAAAAACGAUGCUCAAGGAGAUGAUAGGUCGCAAACUCUAUCCGAACGUUGUCACAUUUAAUACAUUGAUUGAUGUGAUAUGCAAGAAAGGUUUGUUGGAUCUAGUGGACGAUGUACUUCAUGUCAUGAGGGAGAAAGGUGUGGAUCCUAAUGUGGUUUCAUAUAAUGCAUUGAUGGAUGGAUAUUGCUUGCAAGGACGAAUGGAUGACGCUGAAAAAGUUUUUGAUUCAAUGGCUUGUAGGAAUAUAUCUCCUGAUGCUAAGAGCUACAAUAUUCUAAUUCAUGGGUUUUGCAUGAUGAAGAAUAUGAAAGAGGCUAAGCGUGUAUAUAAUGAGAUGUUGCACAAUAAUUUGAAGCCAAGUAUUGCUACAUAUAAUGUUUUGUUGAAGGGGUUGUUUCAUACAUGCAACUUUUCAGACGCAAUGCAACUUUUUGAUGAUUUGAAGGUUGCUGGAGUAAAACCCUAUUUUUACACUUAUUGUAACAUGUUAGAUGGUCUAUGCAGGCAUGGGAAUGUUGAAGAAGCAUUAGAGUUCUUACAUGCAUUAGAGCAUAAUGGUGUAUCUCUCCAUAGUAAUUACUACAAUAUUGUGAUGAAUGGGUGGUGCAAAUGGAAGAAUCUUGAUAUGGCUUGGGCUAUGUUUGACAAUCUCCAUUAAUGGAACAAGACAAAGUGAUGCCAGAUUCCAUCACUUACAAUAGUAUCAUUCGAGGAAUUAUGCUACAUGGUGAAUACAAUGAUGCAGUAGCAGUUUGCAAAGAAAUGAUUGCAAAAGGAUUCUCCCUCUCCC